AGGUCUCUCCUCCUCAAUCUUAGGCUGUGUCUACUUUGAUACUUAUCAAAUACUAACUUUUGUUUCGGAUCACCACAUGACUUUUUCUUAACUUGACUUCCCAAGCUACCCAUUAUCUCUCUCCCUCUCGAAAGAUUUCAACUUCCAUCAACAACCCACCAGGAAAAACAAACCCAGUUUCUCUUUUGUCUUCUCUUCUCUUUCUUUUUUUGUGGGUCUUUUUUAUUUUUAUAUUUUUGUUGUUGAGGUUUCUUACUUUUGACAGUAGAAGAUAAUUUUGUUUCUCCUGUUUUAUUGACAUUAAUUCUCUAAUUAUGAGUUCCUUGAUUAAUGUUGUUCUUCCUUUGUACAUAAUAACAAAUUCUUUUGUUUAACCUUUUUUUUUCUCUGAUUUUUCGAGUUACAUUUUUUUAUUUUUUAAGUUUUUGAUGAUUUGAUGUCCUUGGCUGCGGGAGCUGUGGCAAGUUCAAGUAAUACUAACAUGGGGCUUGAUGACAACAAAAAUGAAGGAACUUCUGAGGAGAAAAAAUUGGGAACAAAUGUGGGAGAUGGUGAAGAAAUAGACAAUCUGGGGAGACAAAUGAGUGAGGCUUCUGUUGAAGUUACUGAAGAUGAUGAUGAAGAGGAGGUUGGAGGCAGCAAGAUUCAUCUUGGUCCUCAAUGUCACCUCAAAGAACAUCUUGAGAAGGACAAGGAUGAUGAGAGCCUCAGGAAAUGGAAAGAACAGCUUCUUGGGACUGUGGAUUUUGAAAAUAUUGGAGAAACUGUUGAACCAGAAGUGAAAAUUCUUAGUCUGUCAAUCUUAUCUCCAGACAGACCUAUCAUUGUCCUGGAUGUCCCUGAGGAUGGAAAACCUAAGGGCUCAUGGUUCACACUGAAAGAGGGCAGUAAUUACAAUUUAAUGUUCACCUUCAAAGUCAACAAUAACAUUGUGUCUGGCCUCAAGUACUUCAACACUGUCUGGAAAACUGGCGUCAAGGUUGACAGCGCCAAAGAGAUGCUCGGGACCUUUAGUCCUCAAGCAGAGCCUUACACACAUGUUAUGCCAGAAGAGACUACCCCAUCGGGCAUGUUUGCCAGAGGAACUUAUUCUGCAAAAUCAAAGUUUCUUGAUGAUGAUAACAAGUGCUACUUGGAGAUCAACUACACCUUCGACAUCCGAAAAGAAUGGGCUGCAACUUAAAAGAACUUUUCAAGAACCACACAUACACAUCUCCCUUUCUUUCAGUUGAUGUCUGCCUUUGUUAGUUCCAACAUUUCCCUUUUGGACUCUGUCUGAUUUCAUUACUUCUGCAGUUAUAUUAACAUCUGCAAUGGAGAUGGAGAAAAUUCAAUUGGUAAUGCUUUUAAUAAAUGGAGAGCUUAGCCUGCUAUCUUUUAGGUACCUUUUUUUUCUUUUUAUCAUUUGCAGAUUCAAAUUCUGAUGAGCAGAAGCAAAGUCACCAGACUGUUUAUGAGCAGGUUGAGCUCCAUUUAUUUAGUUGAUAACAAAUCAAUGGUAUUAUUAGGACUAUUGAGGAUAUUAGAAAGCAGUGUAGCGUUGAUUUUGUUUGAUUUAUUGAUUAUAUUGUACCUUUUCUUUAUUAAAAUGCUUUAGCUAUAUGCUAAAGUUAGCUCAGACUACUUCUACU